AUGGGAAGUCAAACACUCAAUGGUUGGUGGUCUAAGCAAGAACUGGUCUAUGAUAUUGAAGAACCUCUCCAUUUUUCAAAUCAAAUGCCCUCAGUGGAUUUAAGUGGAUAUUCUUCACUGGAUUGGCAAUAUGAAUUGCCCAUGCAAGAGUGUUUUUUUGAUGCUGUUCCUUUGAUGGCGAGUUUCCCUACUGACCCUCUCUAUGCAUCCUUGGAUCUUGAACCAACCACAACUAUUCAAGAUGACUUUUUCUUUAGUUGUGGAAAUCGGCCUGAAGUUUGGAAUGACGUAGUUGCUGGGUUUGAGCCCCAGAACCAGGCUUUAAUAAUGUCGAGUAACAAUGAAAAAAAGGGCAAGGAAGUGAACAAAGAGAAGAAGAAGAAGAGGUGCAGAGAAGAGAGAUGCAGCAGUUCUAAAUUGUUGUCUAAGGAAACUAUUUCGCAAUACUUUUACAUGCCCAUAACUCAAGCAGCAAAAGAACUUAACGUGGGAUUAACACUUUUGAAGAAAAGGUGUAGGGAGUUGGGUAUUCGUAGGUGGCCACACAGAAAGUUAAUGAGCCUCCAAACGCUAAUCAAGAAUGUGCAGGAGUUGGCUAAAGAGGAAGGGGAAGAAAGUGAAGCGAAGUUGAGGGAAGCAAUUGAGAUAUUAGAGGGGGAGAGGAAGUUGCUAGAGGAAAUCCCAGAUGCACAACUUGAGGACAAUACAAAGCGGCUUAGGCAGGCUUGUUUUAAAGCUAACUAUAAAAAGAGAAAGCUCAUGGGAAUGGUAGAUUCACAACCUUGUUCUAGCAGUGGUACGGGCGACGGGAAAGAAGAAGAAGAAGAAGAAGAAUCGCUUGUUGGACCCCUUUUCUUCUAG